UCAUGGCUGCAAGCUUCAUCCGAUCUAUGCGGCGCAGAGCAGACUGCAGAGCCAAAUAUUGAGACACCAAUACCAGACACCAGCUACAGAGGCAAGUCUUGUAGCGGAUAUUGAGACACCCACUGAAAAGUGGCUUCCAGUCCGAAUGCAUUGAAGAGCAGUCCUUGGCUCCUUACCUGAACAAGUGCUGAUUCCUCCCUGGUUACUGGUGUUGUGUAUUCUUCUGUGCUUCUAAUUUCGAGAGGUUAGGGCCGACUUCCGUUCCGACAGAACACCAAAAUUUCCAUCCGACUACUUUAUAGCUGCCAUCGGAACGAUAUGUCAAAAACAAACUGCUUGGACUAUAAAAUAAGACAAUCAUCCGAAUAUUCUAGCAUUUAUCUUCAAAGAACUCUGGCAGAAGGUAUUUUUGUGAACUCGUUGAAAAAGUGAAGAGAGGUGCAACUUAAGCGCACAAAUAUCGCCAUAUCGAUACCAAAAAUAAUAUCAACAACAAAUAUAUAUCGACAUAGCACGCUUAUUAUCCAUUUGGUCACUCUACGAACAAUUUGGUAAUUUUUUUGCAUUGUAAUUUGCUAAAAAAAAAAACAAAGCUAACAACUGAAAAUGCCGAAAAUAUCGAAGAAAUGUAGUAUCUUUGUGGCAGAGCCCAUGGGCGAAAAGUCUGUCACAGCGUUGUCUGGAAUUGGACCGACGCUGGGCGAACGCUUGGCCGAAGCUGGAUUCGACAAGGCAUACCACGUGCUCGGCCAAUUCUUGAUCUUGAAGAAAGACGAGGUGCUGUUCAUUCACUGGAUGAGGGUAUUGUCCGGCGCCAGCUCUAAGCAAGCUUCCGACUGCUAUGAUUGCCUCAACGAUUGGUGCGAGGAGUUCUUGUAAGGGACUUCUUAGACUUUGGAUGGAGUCGGCUGAGACUGGAAAGAAAACGAAAUCUCAUUAACGAAUAAGAACUAGUCAUAGUCCAUAAAUAGCAAUGAACAAAUACAUGUACCUACAAAAGGGCCGUGAGUGGCUUGCGGCAGCCUGAAA